CGCGGUCACACGACUGCUCAUUGUACGCUCGUAACUGGACCAAGCAGGACGUCCAGUAUCAGUGGCUCUUCGUUUAGUGAUCUUGUUGUUUUUUUGUGUGUGAAUAUUGUGCCAUCACAGCCGCACCAGCUCGUGUCUGUGGUUUUGUGUAUCUCCAGACAAAGAUUAACAGUGACGGGAUUAAAAGAUAAGACACGAAGGAACCAGCUCCGAACGAUCUUCACUUGGGAGAUUGGCGCAAGCGAAGAUUUGCGCGAAAAUGCGGCAACGCAUUUGGAAUCGACCGCGAUUGGUGCUGCUGGCACUGGCCGUCCUGAUCGGUGGAUGGUGCAAUAUGGUGGUUGUUGGUAUUUACGACCCUAGAACGGCACCCCACAGCCGACAUCACGUCCACAUGAUGCCGGAGAUGCACGGCGCCUACAGCCAGGUCCAUCAUCAUCGGGCACAGGACCCAACGCCCCAGCAGUACAUCCAGACGGAUCAGUACCAGUAUGCACAGCCCCAAAGACAGCAUCCCUCGCUGGUAGGCCCUCAACACCAGCAACAGCAGCAACAGCAGCAACAUGGUCCUUCCGGGCCUCAGUACCAACCGGGAGUGCCACUCGCACCCUACCCAACCGAAACCCAACGCUCUCCGGCCUAUGGACGAUCGCAGGCCUACACCCAGCAACCCACUCCCGUCCCUCUGGCUCCUCGCUUUGGCUACGGCGAGGAGGAUCGUCUGAUCGGAGAAACGGCCCCCGCUGCCAAGCUGAUCCGUCAACCGGUGCACACGCUGUUGAAGGACUUUAACGGGCUCGAAUGUCCGGAGGGUAGAACGGGCCACUUUCCGUACGUGAUGGACUGUCGCCAGUUUCUGAGCUGCUGGAAGGGACGGGGUUUCAUUUUGAACUGUGCCCCCGGGACACUGUUCAAUCCGAACACGCGGGAGUGUGAUCAUCCGUCGAAGGUGUCAUGUCUCCCAGUGCCUUCGUUAAACAGCGUUAACGAACCGGCUAACCGUGCUCCGCCGAAACUGGCCUCCUAUACCGAUCAGAGACAACCCCAGCAGUUCCAGCAGCAACAACGACAACCUCAGUACCUGCAGCCUCAGCAAUCGCAGCGCCAGCAGGAAGAACUGACCUGUCCGCCGGGAGUGAUUGGAUUGCGGCCCCAUCCGACCGAUUGCAGGAAGUUCCUGAACUGCAACAACGGGGCCCGGUUCGUGCAGGACUGUGGACCUGGAACUGCUUUCAAUCCGCUCAUCCUUACCUGCGAUCAUCUGCGCAAUGUGGACUGUGACAAGUCGGAGAAUGUCAUCGUGGAUUAUGAUCGUCCAACUAGCAGGCCUGUUGCAUCCGGUCCCACCUCUCACUACUAUCCCUCACACAUCCCGGCCGGUUCACAGCCAGUGCCGGCAGUAGUCAACCCGCACCAACAGAGUCGUCCGACUAUUCCCGCACCCCAGCAACAAACUCCACCAAGACAGCCUCCUGCCACGGGUGAUCGUGCGCCAGCCCAUCCCGAUGUGGAGCAGAUCGACCCGGAUCAUCAACCAACGGAAUCCAACUUUGAUGAAGACUACGGAGAACAGCCGGAUGCCGACGGGGACGAGCCCGUCUACGAUGGGUUUGAUUUACGCUCUAACUUUGGAGCACCGGAGCAAGUGGAUCGUCGCCGGCCGAAAGCAUCUCGAACGCAAGCAACAACAACUGCAAAGCCGUACCCGGUGUACAUCCGGCCACCAAGCAGACAGCCCGAGUCGCUGCACCGUGACCCGGAUGUGGUCCAAAGUGUUCAGCGACCGGUGUACGUUGCUUUGCCACUGGAGCAAACGACCCCUGUCCCCACCAGUACCACCAGUCGUCCGCUGAGAACGCCGUUCCCUACCGUACGCAAGGAGGACAUCGAAAUUCAGCAGCAUCUGGAUGCGCUCAAGCUAAUGCUAACGCCGUACAUGAAGGAGCACAAGGACACGGUCGCACUGAACACAACGAAGCUGAGCACGAUGAUGACGACCACGACGACCACGACAGAGCCACCGCCGAUCGUGCAAGUGAUUGGACUUCCGGCGCCUACGCCACGCAACAGCUACAAGCCAUCCUCAGCUGCCGCUCCUUACGUGCUGCCGCGUGCGAGCGAAGUGAAUGACUUUUUCUACGGCGCGUCUGAGCCGGUUCCGCUUGCUUCGUGGCCAUUGCCACCACCGUACAUUACCGAGCCGGUGGAAGGACCCGCCAAGAAGGAGCCUGAAUCCGUCGUUUACCCGAUCUACCGUAGGACGACACCGACGACGACUACUACGACAACCACCACAACCACAGCAAGUCCGCCUCCUGCGCCGGCUGUACGCAGUCGGUUCGGUGACAAUCGUCCCAGCUGGCGCCCGCUGAUCGUACCGCAUGCAACGACCACGAAAACGCCGACCACUACGCCACCCGCAGCAACCACCUCGACGACACCGCGAGACCCGUGCUACGGCAAGUUCAACUGCGGCAACGGCGUUUGCAUUGACGAGGCGGAAGUUUGCGACGGGCGCGAUGGGUGCGGCAAUCGGGCCGACGAGCAGGUGUGUGAGCACAUCGGGUACGAGCUGAAGCUAUCCAAGAAGGCGCAGGGUAGUGUGGAGGUGCGUGUGUACGAUCGCUGGGGUUACGUGUGUGACGAUGGGUUUACGCUCGAGGCGGGCAACGUAGUGUGCCGUGAGCUUGGCUUUGCGGGUGGUGCAAUCGAGAUCAAAUCGCACUCGUACUUCCCACCGAACGGAACCGAUCCGGACGAGCCGGAGCAGCAGUACGGUCCGUUCUUCAUGAUGGAUGCCGUGCGGUGCCAGGGCAAUGAAAGCUCCCUGCGCGAAUGUAGCUUCAACGGUUGGGGUGUGAGUGAUUGCAACCGCGAGGAGGUGGUAGGUGUCGUUUGCCGUACACCUGUCAUGUCCUGCCCGCAAGACUACUGGCUCUGUCACGCCUCGGAAGAGUGCAUCCCGGUGCAGUUCCUGUGCGACAAUGUGCGCGACUGUGCGGACGGGUCGGACGAGUCGCCGGACCAUUGCAAGGCGCCACUGGCCGUCCGGCUCGUUGCGGGCCCCACCGAUCGGGAGGGACGCGUGGAAAUCAACUACCACGGCACGUGGGGCACGGUGUGUGACGAUGAUUUCGGUGUGCGCGAGGCACGCGUCAUCUGCCGGCAGCUGGGCUUUAACGGGACGGCCGAGGUGCGCAAGAGCGUGUACCCGCCGGGUGUGGGGCAGAUCUGGCUCGAUCAGGUCGCGUGCAACGGUACGGAACCAUCGAUCGAGGACUGUGUGCACUGGCACUGGGGCGAGCAUAACUGUGGCCACACAGAGGACGUCGGUGUGCGGUGCGGCGUGUACGUACCGACGAAGGCACGGGCUGCCCGGCUGCGGGCGACCCGCCCCAAUCCACGGUUCGAUUUUGUGGAACGAUCGCGCAAAAUCCAUCCCGACACGUGCGGGCGCGUACUGAUCGAUCCGACGCUGCGCAAACCGACGUACGGGGCGCGGGUGGUGCAUGGUUCCGAGACGGUGUACGGCCAUCAUCCGUGGCAGGCGUCGCUGCGCGUGAAGACGAUGCACUGGUGUGGGGCGGUGCUGAUUACGCGCUACCACGUGCUGACGGCCGCACACUGUCUGAUCGGCUAUCCGAAGAGCACGUACCGGGUGAGGAUCGGCGACUAUCAUACGGCGGCGUACGACAACGCGGAGCUGGACAUCUUCAUCGAGAACACGUACAUUCACGAGCAGUUCCGGGAGGGCCACCACAUGAGCAACGACAUUGCGGUGGUGGUGCUGAAGACGCCCGUCCGGUUCAAUGACUAUGUGCAGCCGAUCUGUUUGCCGGCACGCGACGCACCGUACCUGCCGGGACAGAACUGUACCAUCUCGGGCUGGGGAGCGACCGAGGCCGGUUCGAAGGACUCAUCGUACGACUUGCGAGCGGGAACGGUUCCCCUACUGCCGGACAGCGUAUGCCGAAGGCCGGAAGUGUACGGUGACUCGCUGAUCGAUGGCAUGUUCUGUGCUGGAACGCUCGAGCCAGGUGUCGAUUCGUGCGAUGGUGAUUCCGGUGGACCGUUGGUGUGUCCCAAUAGUGAAGGACUACACACACUGACCGGCAUUGUGUCGUGGGGCAAGCACUGUGGCUAUGCGAAUAAACCGGGCGUCUACCUGAAGGUGGCACACUACCGGGAUUGGAUUGAGCAGAAGCUGAAUCAAUCACUUCAUCAGCACGGUGUUUGAGCGUUAUUUUGUAGUUACAAG